AUGGCCGUUGAAGCGUCUAGAGACACCGAAGAGCCCAAGUCUUGGGCCACACAGAGGCACUGGGGAGAGGCAGAACAACGCGAAGGUGAGGCAGGGGCUCGCAAUCAUUACUGUUCAAAGGUGUUGAAGAGCGUCGCCGAGUGUUACCACGACCUGCGUGACAGGGGCCAUCUAUUAACUCACAGAAUUAUCACAACCAGGGAAACUGUCAUCGUCACAAAAAUCAAGGCAGAGAGCCCCGAGGUCGCCCAAGGUCAUAGGACAGUAUACAGCAAAGCAGGGAUUCGAACCUGUGAGCUCAGAAUCGGCUUGGUACUGAGAAAGAAGCAAAGAGAUGUGAGUGACUUAGAGUCUGAGAAGAACCAGAUCCGCAAAAGCGAGCACUGGAGAGGCUCUUUGGAGCUCACAGCAGCGUGUCCCGGGCUCCCCCAAACUGGUCCAGGCAAACAGGAAAGUCCCUCACCUCAGGCUCUCUGGGGAAAAGCCAUCAGAAUCAGCAAUGAGUACGUCCCCAGAAGCAAGCUUGAAAGUGCCACCAAGAGCCAGGCAGUGUCUGAGCUUCGGGAACAUGCUGUCCCUUCUGUUCCCCACGGCAGCUCUGCCAGGCGACUAUACUCUCAGCAGGAAAGAAGGGACUGGGGCAGGCCACCCAGCCAAAUGAAUGAAAACUGCAUGCAGCAGCCUGCUCUUGUGGCCAGCUUCCUCCCAGAAACCGACAACAUAGAUCCCAUACAGGAGGCGCUCAAUAACUAUAUCCCAAAUGGAGAAGAGUUGAAAGGUGGUUGGACAGAGCCGCAGAGCAGUCUCCUGCUCCCAGACCAGGACGGACCUUCAGAGAAGCUGGGCCAACGUCUGGCCACUGAGGCCCUUGGUACCAACAGCUGGGGAAGAGAGAAAGCUUGCAGGGAGCUGGGUCCUGCCAGAGCACACAGUGCCUCUCAAGACAGAGACCCGACACCACCACCUUCCUCCAGGGGGAAAAAGAAAAAGAAGAAAUCGACCAGGAAAAAGAGGAGGAGGUCCCCAUCGUACAGCCCCUCUCCAGUCAAGAAGAAGAAGAAGAAAAGCUCCAAGAAACAUAAGCGACACAGGUCUUUCUCCAAGAAAAGGAGACACAGUUCCUGCAGCCCUAAAAGCAAAAGACGGGAAGAGAAGAGGCACAAAAAACAAUCUCGAAGCCGAAAGUCUCACCGACAUAGACAUCACCGAGGCCCCUCAAGGUCCCAGAGCUCAGAACUGCGCUCCCCCAGCUGCGAGAGCAGGCACCGAGGUCGUUCUCCUGAGGAAGGGCGGAAAUCCCGCCGAACACAUUCCCGACGCUGCUCCAAGAACCACUGCAAGGUCAGCCCAGAGGCCCGGUCCAGCCACCUGCCCAGCCAGCCCCUCCAGAGGCUCGGCUUCCUGUCAGCCAGGGGUGUAAUCUCUGGGUCGGGGUCCGCGGCUGAUCUCUUUAGCAAAUCGGCCAGCCCGCUCGCCGCCUCCCGAGGGCGCUCGCAGGAGUACGACUCGGGCAAUGACACGUCCUCGCCGCCCUCCACGCAAACCAGCUCGGCCAGGUCUCAGGGCCAGGAGAAGGGGAGUCCCGGUGGGGAUCUGAGCAAGAGUCGGGACCUCAACUGUGGCAACACUUCCGAUUCAGGGAACUCCUUCACCACAUCCUCCCCCCAGAACAAGGGGGCUGUCUUAGAGAAUGUCUCUCCCGCCUGCAGGAGCAGUGAGUCAAGAGGGUUUCAGUCUCCAUGUCUCCAGUGCGCAGAGGUGAAGAAGUCUAGUUUGGUCCCAUCCACAGCCCGGAGCUCCCCCAUUAAAGAGUGCUCCCGUAGCUCCUCCUAUACCAGUACUCGGUCCUCCAGUCUCUCAUCCAGGUCUCCAAAUCCCAGAGCCUCCCCCAGGUCCACCCGAAGCCGGUCCACCUCCUCUGAAAAAAGGUCCUACUCUCGCUCUCCCAGCUAUUCGUCCAAGUCUGGCAAGAGGAGCCCACCUAGCAGAAGCUCCAGGUCUCGUCGAAGUCCGAGCUACUCCCGCUACAGCCCCAGCAGGGAACGGGACCCAAAGUAUGGUGAGAAGGAACCACAGCCCCGAGAACGUGCACGCAGGAGGCGAAGGUCCUACUCGCCUAUGAGGAAGCGCCGGAGAGACUCCCCAAGCCACUUGGAGGCCCGGAGGAUAACCAGUGCCCGCAAACGCCCCAUCCCCUACUACCGACCCAGCCCCUCCUCCUCCAGCAGCCUCAGCAGCGCCUCCUCCUGGUACAGCAGCAGCAGCAGCCGCUCUGCCAGCCGCAGUUACUCCCGGAGCCGGAGUCCCAGUCGGAGCCGCAGCAGCCGAAGCCAGACCAGGAGCAGGACGCGGACCAGCCGCAGCUCCAGCUCCCGCAGCCUCAGCCUGGGCUCCCGGAGCCGCAGUCGGAACCGGAGCCUGAGCUACAGCUCAGCAGAAAGCUAUGCCAGCACGAGGCGUUAAGCGAAGGCCCUCCGUCGAGCCAGCUGCCCUCCGGGAAGACCCCUCUGUCCACCGGGAGGACCCCCCUCUGUACUCUGCAGUCUCCUUUACUACCUGCCCUUCAGACCAUCUCCUGAGUGACAGAUACAGAAUGCUCCUGGCUCCUGUCCUCUCAUGUCCUGGGAAGAUGGCAUGGGAGACAGGGACUUCUAUUCCUUUGCCAAGCUGCUAGGAGCCUCUCUACCAGCACCAUCCUGGGGCUCACCGGGUCGGAUAGGGAGGGCCAACUGUGGAUCCAUGUCUCAAAAGUUUGGGCCUGGCCAAGAUAUGGAGAUGGCUCUGUUCCAGUCAUCUACUGUUCACAGGGCAUCUCCUAGCGGCCAGGGUUAAUCCACCCUCACCCCCACCACCCACCUUCCUCCCUUAUUCUGUUUCAUGGCUGCACAGUUUGGAACCAGUGUUGGAAAAAGAGGAGAUCAAGGGUGGUUGAAACUCAAGAUAAGAGCUCAGAGCUUUUACCUCCAGCUCCUGGGUCCUGCUAGGAGAGGUCAGACACGAGCAUGGGAAGAGGAUGUUAGUGUUGGUGGCAAUAGGUUUCAGGGAAGAUUGGAAAUGGUCUCUCUAUAAGUUCAAAGAGACAGAUCAACUGACUUCCUAGUACGUCAGCAUCAUCAAGGAAGGAAGCCCAGCAGGUUCCAGCUUUAUGGAGGCCCUUACACAGGGUCCUGUGACAUCACAGGGAUAAUAAGGAGACAGUGGAACCGUCCACAUACCUUGGGCUACAGCCCUACUUCCCAAAUUUGCCUCAUCCCCAGGAGCUGGCACAAAUUUGAUUCCACGGGACCAUCUGUUGAGCAUUCUCAGUGCUGUGGCCAGCAGCCAGCCCCCAGCGCCAGCCAGUCUGCCCUUGCCCUCCAGUUGGCGCCUGCCAGCCCCCUCCACAUUGCCCAGACUGCCACACCCUGGAUUCUACCCAGGGCAUCCUGGCACCUGCUGUCCUACAUGAAGACCACUCUCUUUGCCUCUCAGGAAUUUUGCCGAGACAGGGCACUGCAUUGUAAAUCAGUGUUGUUGGGGGGAAGACUCAGAUUCAGAGAGUCUGUGACAGAGGGACUUGAAUGGUCCCUGUCUCAGGCUCCUGCUAGCUUCUGAGUUUGUGGUCAGCAUAGGGAAGCCCAAUUGCACUUAGGGAGUACCACGCAUAGGAAGGGAAUAGAAGUACCCUCCCACCCAAGGCUGGCCAGCAAGAGUAAGCUGCCUUCUGACACAUAAAUGCCACCAGCUGCUUUGCCUGCAGAAGAUAUUGGGAACAGGCAGGCAAGAGAGAUGGUCCUUAAAAUAAACCCUUGGGCAUCCCCCUCACCAGCUGCCUGGCUCUCUGAGCCUUGUGGGUAUCAAGUUUGUGAUGACAACAGUUGAGCAGAGCCAGGGCACAUGGAGAAAGAGCUUCUCUCCCAGCUUUGGAUAGUGGCAAGGACAGACAGCAUUACCUAUCCUUCUUGCCACAAGAAAAACAUCUAGGGGGGGGUGGGAGGGUGGGAAUUUCCAUCAUAAACGCAGUGAUCUCCCCAUACCAAUCUUUCCCAGCCUAUCAUGGUGCCUGGGGGUCCAGUGAGCACCAGAGAAGUUCAUCGUCCAUCAGGAGAGGAGGAGGAUCAGUGACUGUAUCAUGGCUUCUGGCCCAGACCAACACUCCACUAACACAAACUUGUGGAUGCCUAUGCAGACACCACGGGAGGCCAGAUGGUAGGUGCCUGGCACAGGAGUAGGUGCCCCGGGAGGGCAUGUGCAGCUACUGUAAAUAGCCCUUGUCCCCACCCAGGAUGCCAACCAAGUCAACGAAGCCUCAUCUUUUUCACGGAGACAAAGGCUUCCAGGAGCUACAAAACCCUUCCCAGCAGGACAGCUUGUGAGGAAGGCAGGAGCCUGCCCGGAAGACACAGACUAUCUCCGUUCAAACCACUCUAGGGGGACCGUUUUGCCCGGGGCUCCUAGCAAACUUUUUAUUUAUUAGAUUUAUUUAUUUUUUAUUUAUUUAUUAUUUAUGUGAUGAGCUCUCUUUCCUCACCAAUAGCGGCAUUUCAUUAUUUAUUUGUGUAUUUAUUCCGAGAGAUUGUGUACCUUAAUAUGUGGUCAUACGUGUA